AUGUGCGCUCCUUCCUCAGUGUGUAGUGUGCGCGCAGAGACAAGGUACUGCCGUGGUCCGGGAGAGUGUGGCAGCGGAAAGAGGAGUGAGCCGGAGCCAGGGAAAGGAGAGUUCCCAGAAAGCCGUGUAACACACUGUUCUCCCCGGCGCCAAGCAGUGCGUGCAUGUGCAUAGGGUGGGAUAGGAGACCCCCAAGGCUCCCCAGCAACAAAAGGCAAGGGUGAGUCCCUGAUCCUAGGAAGUGCUUAGACAAGAGUUAAUAAGCUGCAGCCCCUCGCUGGGUGUAUCAAGCAAGAGCCUACACUGAAAGGGUUAACAAGCCAAGAGCCCCAAUUCAAAGGGGCAGCAGCUGAUCCAGAGGGUACAUUGGGUCUGCAUUAAGCAGCUGUUAUUGCCUCAGGGAAGAAAGAGUUAAUGGGCAGGACAGUGGGAUUAUGCCCCUCUAUGUGCACAGAGCUGUAACUGAUCCUAAAGGGGGAUUAAGGGGUUAACAAGUAGGCUGCACAGAGCUCCCUCCCAUUACAUUGGGUACAGUUGACCUCCUUAGGGAAGAAACUGAUUCUACAAGAUGGAAAGGGUUAAUUAGGUGAUUGGGCUGCAAACAGUUAAGAGGCCCCCUUGCUCUAAUUUGGAUAGAUUGGGACACUGCUGCUUGAACCUGUACUGUGGGUGAUUGUGCAGUCAGCCAAGGGUUAAUAACCGUGGGAUUUUGCUGGAAUUCCCCCCUACGCUGGCUGCAUGGAGGAGCAGCAUGGUUGCUUGACAAGCCUCCUGAGCUUAUGGAUGGUCACCCAUACACGCUGCAUGAGAAAAGGACACCUGCUGGCCAUUUGAUUGUCCCUCUCCCGGACUGUGAUCUGCCGAGUGGCCGAAAGGGGAUCCCCUGCCUCGUUUCUCCGUGGGGAUUCCUGCUGUGCCAGGCUUGCCAACAUGACUGAGGGCUGGCGGCAGUGCGGACGCUGGCUGAUAGACUGCAAAGUUCUCCCAGUGGACCACCGGGUCGUGUGGCCUUCUGCGGUGGUCUUUGACCUGGCCCAAGCUCUGCGGGAUGGCGUCCUGCUCUGUCAGCUGCUCCACAACCUCUCCCCAGGAUCUAUAGACCUCAAGGACAUCAACUUCAGGCCCCAGAUGUCACAGUUCUUGUGCCUGAAGAAUAUCCGAACAUUCCUCAAAGUUUGCCAUGACAAGUUUGGAUUACGGAACUGUGACCUCUUCGACCCCUUCGACUUGUUUGAUGUCCGGGAUUUUGGAAAGGUGAUUGCCGCUUUGUCCAAGAUUUCCUACCACAACAUUGCCCAAACCAAGGGAAUUCGGCCUUUCCCUUCGGAAGACACGACAGAGAACGAUGACGACAUAUACAGAAGCCUGGAGGAGCUUGCCGAUGAGCAUGACCUUGGGGAGAACGAUACGUACGACGUCCCGUGUGAAGAGGAUGAUAUUUAUGAAGACAUCAUCAAAGUUGAAAACCAGCAACCGAUGAUACGGUAUAUGCAGAAAAUGGGCAUGACGGAGGACGACAAAAGGAAUUGCUGCUUACUGGAGAUUCGGGAAACAGAAGAUCGGUAUUACAGAACGUUGGAGGAUAUUAAGAAUUACUACACGAUCCCCCUGAAGCAGAUACUGAGUGUACAGGAGAUCACAAACAUAUUCCUCAAUUUAGAGGAACUCAUCAAGGUGCAUUUUAACUUCCUUCGGACCAUCGAGCUGUCUGUCAUGUCUGGGGGUAGCACUAUCGGGCAGGUGUUCCUGGAUUAUAAGGAAAAGCUGCUCAUCUAUGGGGAGUACUGCAGCCAUAUUGAGUAUUCCCAGAAGACCCUGGACCAGCUUAUAGCAACCCGUGAAGAUGUGCGGACUAAAUUAGAGGAAUGUUCUCUCAAGGUUCAGGAGGGAAAGUUCAAACUGCAAGAUUUGCUGGUGAUCCCCAUGCAGAGAGUUCUGAAGUACCAUCUCCUACUCAAAGAACUUCUCAGCCACACAGCAGACAGCCCAGAGAGACAUACGCUUAAGGAAGCUCUGGAUGCCAUGCAGGACCUUGCAAUGUACAUCAAUGAAGUGAAACGGGAUAAGGAAACGUUAAAGAAGAUUAGCGAGUUCCAGAAUUCCAUAGAAAACUUGCAAGUCAACCUGGAAGAAUUCGGGCGACCAAAGAUAGACGGGGAGUUAAAAGUUCGUUCCAUGGUUAACCAGGCCAAACAGGAUAGGUAUCUCUUCCUGUUUGACAAAGUAGUGAUUGUCUGCAAAAGGAGAGGCUACAACUACGAACUGAAGGAAAUCAUCGAGCUGCUGUGUCACAAGAUGAACGACGACCCCAUGAACAACAAAGACAUAAAAAAGUCCCAUGGCAAAAUGUGGUCCUAUGGGUUCUUCCUUAUCCAUCUCCAAGGCAAGCAGGGCUUCCAGUUUUUUUGCAAGACAGAAGAUAUGAAGAGGAAGUGGAUGGAGCAGUUUGAAAUGGCAAUGUCAAACAUAAAGCCCGAAAAAGCCACUGCCAACCACCACAACUUCCAGAUGUUUACAUUCGACAAAACCACCAACUGCAAAGCCUGCAAGAUGUUCCUGAGGGGCACUUUUUACCAGGGAUAUUUUUGUUCUCUGUGCGGCGUUGGGGUCCACAAGGAGUGCCUGGAAACCAUUCACGCCUGCAAAAUCGGUGGGUCUACGGAUGACGUGGAUGCCCUUAUCACAGUAUCAGGGGGCAGGACUCUACCAUGUAGGACACAGCAGAAAAUGAGAAUUGCAGUGAAAAAUGAGUUCUCCAGCUUUCUGAAAAACAGCACAUGUAAUUUGAUUAAUCUCAAAUGUUACCAAGGGCCUAAAAUGGUUGCGGUACAGAACUACUUUGGAAACCCAGCACCUCCAGGGAAACCUGUAUUAACCUUUCAGAAAGAUGACGUGAUCGAGUUGCUGCGGGGUGACCCAAAUUCUCAGUGGUGGGAGGGGCGGUUGCUGCUCACUAAGAAGUCCGGUUAUUUCCUCAGUUCCUUGGUGGAGCCAUGUCCUGUGGAACCACUUGUGAUCCGCAGUGAUUACAGUAAAUACCCGUGGUUUGCUGGUAAUGUGGAGAGACCCCAAGCGGACAACUUGCUCAAAGGCCAUGUCAGCGGGACGUACCUAAUCCGAGAGAGGCCAGCAGAGGCCGAACGCUUUGCCAUCAGCAUUAAAUUUAAUGACGAAGUCAAACACAUAAAGGUUGUAGAAAAGAACAACUGGAUCCACAUCACAGAAGCCAAGAAGUUUGAAAGCUUAUUGGAGCUGGUAGAAUACUAUCAGAUGCACUCUCUGAAGGAAAGCUUUAAGCAGCUGGACACCACAUUGAAGUACCCAUACAAGUCCAGAACGGGUCGCAGCUGCAGCAGUUCACCCCGGGGUCCAGCCUCCUGCGCUUCCUACAACUUUUCUUUUCUCAGUCCUCAGGGCCUCAACUUCCCUUGCCAGAACCCGUCCACUCCCUUCUGGUCAGUGUUCACGCCACGACCGAUAGGAACGGCCAUUGCCAGGUACAACUUUGCCGCUAGAGACAUGCGCGAGCUUUCCCUUCGGGAAGGGGACGUCGUCAAGAUCUACAGCCGGAUUGGAGGGGACCAGGGAUGGUGGAAAGGAGAGACAAAUGGCAGGAUUGGGUGGUUUCCCUCGACAUACGUGGAAGAGGAAGGGGUUCAAUGACCGCUCCCAUUCUGGACAAAGCUCCUACCUGUUUCCCUCCUUUAAAGAGACAUUUGCACAACAGACACUCCCUGAAGUGACUUCCCUGAAGUGACUUCCUCUUGCAUUCCACAGGCCAAGCCUGGCCACUGACUUUGGCUCCUUUUCGCCCGUACUACUUGUAUAUAAGAUUUAUAAUGCUGUUCUAUGGCAGGCGUAUGAGAGAGGAACUGAUUGGUGGAAUAUUGCUGGCGCAUCAUUUAACGGAAUUAAAAGUCAUUCCAGAUCUGG